GCUAAAUAGGGCAAGAUGGCGACUGUGGGUAGCGUAGUGGUAAAAGCCACUGUGUAACAUUUGAUUAUUGGACACGUUCUUGUUUCGAUUUUGAAUGUGCAAGCAUUUAUGGCGCUGUUGUCCAAUUUGUUAUGGCAGUUCCUGCUGGUUGUUGUCCAUCUCAACAGAGCGGUUGUGUCUUGGCUCCGUGGCCGGAUCAAAAGCGUGAAGGGCCGGCUGAGGGAGCGAGUGACGGCUGCUUUGCUGCUGCCGCUGCCUCUCGUGGGCUUCAUGGACUACGGGAAAAAAUAUCAACAGACUUUGGAAGCUAACGGCACCCCAGUGCGUGGAAACCGUUACACGACCGGACGGCCCCAAUGUUUGUCUGAUGGCAGGUCUCUGGAAAAGUUGCCGGCUCACAUCGGCCUGUUGGUAGCUGAAGAGCAGCCCAGUUACACGGACAUCGCCAACCUGGUUGUCUGGUGCAUUGCAGUCGGCAUUUCUUAUGUCAGCAUCUACGAUAAUUACGGCAUUUUUCAGAAGAACAAGGCUCAGUUGCUGGAGGUGAUACUUCAACAGCAGCAGGAGCUCCUGGGACCUGGAGAAGCAUCCAAAAAUAAAGUGGAGUUCAUUAGCAGCAACGCAGAUAAAAACCGGCACCAUGUGCUCUCAUGCGGACCCACAGUUAAAGUCCUGGCUCCAGAAGAUGGGAAGCAGAGUAUUGUGGAGGCAGCGCAGCAACUAUGUCGCUCUGUGGAGACCAAGGAGAGGAGCUUUAGAGACAUCAGUGUGACACUGCUGGAUGUGCUGCUCAGAGAGUCAAAGGAUCUACCAGAUCCAGAGCUGGUUGUGAAAUUUGGGCCUGUAGACAGCACACUGGGUUUCCUCCCUUGGCAUAUCAGACUCACAGAGUUCAUCUCGCUUCCGUCCCAUAGAGAUGUGGCCUAUGAAGACUUAUUGGGAGUUUUGAAGCGGUAUGCUCGAUGUCAGCAGCGACUGGGCCAGUGACAAUAAGUGAUUGAGGGGGGGAGGGCAAAUGAUGGACCUUCUUGCCACCAGCCUGUCCCUGAUUAAAGUGACAUUCCAGGAUGUUUGGAUCAUGCCUUCCAAGUCUCCUGAGAAGACUGCCUGAAUGGCUUUUAAAUGUCCAGCUACCGCUCACCACUUCUGAUGAUUUAUGUUUUUGUUUGAGCUGUUGUCUGUGUCAAUGGUCGUGUCAUUGUGACCUCCAACUUGCAGUCACAUGUUGAAGUGUGAAUGUGAAUCUAAGGCUCCUAAAUAUGAUCUGGGUGAGCUGGUUUCAAGAGUUUUAUUUCCCCCAAAAGAAUUCAUAUUCAGUUAAAAAAAACAAUCAUAAUAAAAAGAUUUCUUCUGGCUGCCGUGGUCCUCAUCCAAAUGCCUCAUUUCAUUUCUAGAUAUAUCGAUACAUGGCAACUGGUGAACAUAUCAUGCAUACUGACCAGACUCUGCAUGGAUCAGUACGAGUUAUGCUAUUUGUAUGUUUUACUAAUCGAUUGUAAUGACUGCCGAUUAUCUUUUGAUCACAAUUAAAGAAGCUUGAAGGAUCGUAG